AUGGGUUUCUUAAUGGCAAUCUUGUUGGGCUUGCUUUGCUUAUCAUUUGGCUCCAAAAUCACAAGUGCUACCACCUACGAUGUAACAUCUUAUGGUGCAAAAGGAGAUGGAAAUACAGAUGACUCCAGUGCUUUCCUUCGAGCAUGGGAUGAUUUAUGUGGAGAUCAGUCGCCAGAACCAACAUUGAUAAUACCAUCAGACAAGACAUUUUUGAUAAGCCCGGUGGCAUUCAAUGGGCCAUGCAAAUCCCCUACUGUAUAUGUUAUGCUGUUGGGCAACAUCACUGCACCCAAGACUUUCGAUGGAUGGAAAGAUUGUGUUCGGAAUCACUAUUGGAUUUACUUCACAUCCGUGCAAGGACUCAAGAUCCAAGGACCUGGGCAAAUUGAUGGUCAGGGUUCGAUUUGGUGGAAAGAGGAGGGUAAAACCACAACCAACACUUGCGAUCGCCCAACUGCUUUACAUUUUCAUUCUUGUAAUGGCCUUCAAUUGAGAGGUACAACACACAUCAACAGCCCGAAGCUACAUAUGAGUAUCAAUGGUUGUGAAGAUGUAGAUGUUGGAAAUCUAAACAUUUUAGCUCCUGGGGAUAGUCCCAAUACCGAUGGGAUAGACAUUAGUGGAUCCUCACAUGUUUAUAUCCAUGAUUCUAAAAUUCAAACUGGUGAUGAUUGUGUUGCUAUUAAUGGUGGGACUAUCGGAAGCCUUGGGGAAAACGGUGGUCAUGACACAGUUGAACAAGUUCGUGUAGAACGUUGUAACAUCUCAGGAACAACAAAUGGGUUAAGAAUCAAAACGGUGCCGUAUGGAACGGGGUAUGCUAGGAAGAUUGUAUUUCGAGACAUUCAUCUGGAAAAUGUUAAAAAUCCAAUUAUAAUUGAUCAACAUUAUUGUAAUAAUCCGGAAGAUGCCUUUUGCCCAGCACCGCCAAUGGCGACAGCUGUAAAAGUGAGCGAUGUUAUGUAUAUGAAUAUAUAUGGGUCUUCGGCAACAAAGCAGGCUAUUACUUUCAAUUGCAGUGGAAAGUUCAACUGCACUGAAAUUGUAACAAACGAAGUUGGAAUCACGGGACAUGAUGAAUUUUCUUACUGCCAAAAUGCUCAAGGAAAAUUUAUCGAUACCAACCCUCCUAUUAAAUGUUAA